UACUUGGAGGGAACUUCAACCAGAGAAACCAAGAAAGGAAAUCGAAGAUGAAAUGGUAGCUAAACACUUUAGCUAGCUGUAUUUGUGUUUAUCAAAAUGGCAAAAACAUACAUGAAUAUACAAAGCGGAUCAAUCUCAAUGAAAUUGCAUCCAACGUGCACGAGAACUUCAAUUGCAGGUUUUUAGUUAGCUAGAUAACUUAAUAGCUUUGAUGACCAAACGAAAUAUUGCAGAAGUACGCUAGUCAUGCAUCAUCGAAGGAGGACCAGUCUGGCAACACAGCUGUGCAAAGCUGUGAACGAUGGAGAACCAAGAACCGUACAGAUUCUUCUCGCACAAGGAGCAAAUCCCAAUCUUGUCGGAAGCAAAGGUGUUGCUGCUGUGCAUUUGGCAGUUGGAAAAGAGACUGAGAAAAGUAUACGCUGCCUAAAAUUAAUUCUACAACAUGGGGCAGACCCCAACAUCAGGUCUUCGGAUGGCUUGACAGCCCUGCACAUAGCAGCGUUAUGGGGUUGCUGUCAGAAUCUCAAACUGCUGUUAAAGAAUGGAGGGAACGCUAACUUAAAGGAUCAGGAUGGGAACAAACCAGGUGAUCUGGCAAAACAACAGGACAACCGCAGAUGUGCUCACCUCCUUCAGGAGUACCAGUCUCAGUCGUUGGACACAGAGGAGGAAGAUCUGCCUCAAUUCCAGUACUCUGUUUACAAUGGCCAAGGUGAUGCGUCAAGCUACACUGAAUCCGAACACUGCAGUGUUAGCUCUCACAGCCUGUCCUUGCUGAGUGACUUUGGGGAGGGCCCACUGAGUAGCACGCGUCAGACCUCAUUCUUUGAACUGUCUGCUAUUAGCAACAGGCACAGUUGGAGAGGAGGACCCCAUUCAGGGGCAUCUGAUUAUAAAUCUAACCCUAACACCAAUGAGUGGGACAUGGACUCUGACUGGGAUCCUCCAUCAGUGUUAUCAAGCACUCGUAUGUCCGUCGCAGGUCCCAGAGCUGCACUGCCUGUACUUCAGGAGGACGUACCACUCACUGACUGCAGUGCGCUACAUCCGCCUCAGGAUGUAGACCUACACCUCCCUGCAACUGGGAACAGACUCUCUCCUCAGUUGGACCCACUCCCUCCUUGCUUAUCACGACGCGCGAGCCGCAAGAGUGUGAGCUUCAGAGAGGAAGUGGACGAAUACUUCCCUGUUUUUAGUUCAGAAUCUCUCAGGCAGGAGCCAGGGGGUCAGGGUAUUCCCCACUCUAAAGACUGUACCCUCGACUUCUCGGAAUACUCUGAGUUCCUGGAUCCAGAGCGCAUGGCCACCGUCCUAGAUUACCAGGGGAUCGACGUCACGUCCCCUGAACAUGUGUUUGUUUUCUCCAAGGAUGAUAAUAAUGAGUGCACUGAGAUUGACAUGGAAAAAACAGUUGUUGGACACUUCCCAUUUGAGGAAGAGAACGGAGAAGUCAUUGAGAACCUGGUAGAAGAAGUGAAGGUCCCUGAACGACCAUCGUGUGGCUCUGCUAGCAGCAGCAGCAGUGGAGCUAGUAGGUACAGUAGCUGUGAUAGUGACCAUUACAUUACGACCCUGGAGGCGUCCCCCAGGCGGGUCUCACCCUCUGAAGAGGAGCGUAAAGUUAAAAGUAGAGGUGUCGAAGACGACAAACACACACACAAUCCCAUGGACACUAACAAUGUAGAUACUGAUGAAUUCAGACUGACUGAAACUCCCAACAGCUCAAAGAGGUCAAAACCAGCCAUGGAAGAACUACCAGGCGUGGUAGAUAACCUCACAUUGUCCGAUAAAAUAUCUCCAACCAAAGGUCCAGGUUGUGAAGAGAUAUUUCCAGCUGCUGUCUCAGCGGGUAAUGUGGAAGAGUUGUCAACAACACCGACUGAAUACACUCCCAGAUCUGGUUCUACUCUAGCAUUGGAGGAGGACCUGCCUCUGACCCCAAGUCCCUUUGUCACUGGUAGGACGCACUCAAGGCUGAGUCGCUGCUCGGUAAGAAACAGCAAGACCCCCGAGAGCCUCCUGUCCACCUCCUCGCUGUUUGAGCAGACCUUGCCUACACCGACACGCACACGCCGCCAAAACAUCAAGUCGCAAGGCAGCGACAACGUCUUUUACAACACGCCAGGCGGGCGUAGUCGCACCCCUGUCUUUUCUGGAAACAGGACAGGUAGUACUUCUGGGGACUCAUUUGUCAUCUAUGAGAGCCAGGAGACUCAAUCUAGCACUCUCGGAGCCGACAGAGGUCAAGGGUCAUGUGUCAGUGCCAGCCAAGCGGACACCCUCAUCAUCACUAAGGAUGACAGAGGUCAGGGUUCUUGUGUUAGUGCCAGCCAAGCUGACACCCUCAUCUCUAAAACAAUGGCAGACACAGUCAUCAUAACUCCAAGUUUAGCUGACAAAUUCUCUCUACUGGAUAAUGACUCUUUUGAAGAUCCUCACGUAGAGCUUUUACCCACUUAUCCGAGAAAAUACGUUAUUGAAGGUGGUGAAUUUCUAACCGACGAUUUGUCCAGCUCCAGUGAUGCAGUUACUAAGGAGGGGACAGUUGGUAGCUUUGGGCCAAGAGUGGAAGAAUCCUGGACCACAGAGGAUGCCGACUCAAGCUCAUCGCUGUCAAGUUCCCAGACUCCAUCUUCAUCCAGCUCCAGUUACUUCUCUCCAAAGAGAGGUCACCACCCCUCUACCCCAGGAUGCACUCCGCGCUACAGCAUGAGCCGACUCCCCAGCUUUCACAAGCCCCAGCGGCUGGCCAGCCUCUCCUACACCCCCAGCGGACGUCCUCUAGUCCCGGACCUGGAGGAACCGGUGGAGUACCUCUACACGGACACGGAGCAGGGUCACGAACUGAUCGAGACCCACGUCCCACCUGCGGCCAACACCUCACUCAGCUCCAGCAUGAGCACGUCCAGCAGCGAGGAGACGGUGCUGUACGACUGGCGCUCCCUGCAGGGCGGCAGAGGCACGGUGGCCAAAGGGAAGGAGAACCAGGAGCCCGUGGUGGCUCAGGAGUGGUCAGAGACCAAAGGGCUGACGGACAAGGAGCUGAGACGCAGGCUUGUGGAGAUGGGAGAGAGUCCGGGACCCAUAAGCAGCCGCACCCGGCCAGUGUACAUGCAGAGGCUGAGGCGGCUGUUGCUGGAGCCGGCCACUCAACAACAACAACUGCCGGACCAGCCCCAAGGUCCUGCACAGGGACACAGUCCAGAGCUGUGUGUGGCCCUGCGGACGUUGGUGCUGCCCAACUGCCAGGCCGACGAGCUGGCACUGUGCCAGCAGUUUGACCAACCAGACCAAAACAGGAAGUGGCGGGAAGGUGUCAUCAAGUCCAGCUUCAACUACCUGCUACUGGACCCCAGAGUAACCAAGAACCUACCGUAUCGGAGUCAUUCCAUGAGCCCUUUGGAGUGUUUUCAGACCUUCAUCAGCGCUAUAUUCUACGUGGGCAAGGGCAAGCGCUCCCGACCCUACAGUCAUCUGUACGAGGCUCUGGAGUACCACAGAGGAGAUAAGACUUCUAAGAAACUGUGCUCCAAGGUGCAGCACAUCCUCCAGGUGUGGAAGGCCGAGCAGGGGGUGAUCUCUCUGCACUGCUUCCAGAACGUCAUCCCUGUGGAGGCGUACACACGCGAGGCCUGCAUGGUGGACGCCAUUGGGUUGAAGAUGCUGACCAACCUGAAGAGAGGCGACUACUACGGGGUGGUGUCCACAUGGCAGGUGAAGAGGAAGAGGGAGCUGGGAGUGCACCUGCUCUACCGAGCCAUGCAGAUCUUCCUGGCUGAGGGAGAGAGGCAGCUCAGACCUCCUGAUAUCAGGGCGGGACAGUAGUGACCCCCAGAGGGUAGAGUUGGGUACUGCACCAACAGAAAAUGAAAGUGUGUUUUUCAGACAAAACUUGGGCUUAAAGGUCCAAUGUAGCCGUUUUUAUCUCGGUAUCAAACCAUUUCUGGGUAACAAUUAAGUACCUUGCUGUGAUUGUUUUCGAUUAAAAUUGUCGAAAAUCGCUUCCUAGCAAAGAGCAAUUUCUCAAGCAAGAAUUUCGAUAGGACUAUCUAGGAGUGGUCUGAGGGGGAGAGGACACUGAACUAACUGUGGGCAUAGCCGUUUGGAACUCAUUUACUGCCUGAUGAUGUCACCAUGGAAGACCCAAAGUUCCAUCCCUUCCAACACAGGCUGAAAUUUCAGGCGGUCUUUUCAAACAGCUCUUACACUAAAACGGCGUUAUCAUAAUUUUCACAAUAUUAUUUCAAUCUCAGUGUGGGAAUUUAAUAAAACACAGGAAAACCACAUUUUUUUUACUCUACUGGGACUUUUAAAGUGUCAAUGUUUUACUUACUAAUAUAGAAGAGAUUGGCUUGUGGGAACACGGGACCAAGAUAUAGUUUAUUUUUCUAUACAUUCCUAUACAUUUUUUUGUGGCCAUGUCAUACCUAGGCUCUUCAACCAGAUUCAUCUUGGAGCUCUAAUGCUUCUCAUGUCACCUUUGUCAGUUCUCCCGUUCCAUCUCCUCGUCUCCUCCUCAACCGCAUUGGAAGAGAAGGUCCAAGGUACUUCCUGUCGGACCUUCUUCUCCAAUAUGUUUUUUAGAAGGAGCCCGAAGAGAGAUGUGAGGAAUCGAGGAAAGUUGAGUUGAGAAAGAGCCAGAAUUAGUCAUUGGAAAAAAAAAAAGACUGAUAUGAAAAGCUUGCCCACUUACCUUAGCAUCAGUUAAAUAUGUACGUCCAUUAAAUAUUAUGCAAAUACAUUUGUAUUUCUUUAGCAGGAAAUCGUUAGGCUUGCAUUGUUAGUAGUAUGAUAAUUUUGUAUGUAUUUGUAGAUAAUGUCUACCGACAGAAUGAAAGCACUACAUAGGAAAGAAACUAUUUUGUUGUUUUAAAAAAAAAGAAUCUUGUCAAAACCAAUGUAUGUCAAAACCAAUGUAUGUCUAUGGUCAAAACACUGGGUGGAAGCAAAAACACAUUUUGAGGAUUGAAGUGUUGCAGCUUCUGUUUUGUCUAGUAGUAUAUUCAUUAUUUGUUUGGUGAUUCAUUCAGCAAGAUUUCAUGUUUUGUUAUUUACCUUGGUCAAAUCAAUUACAGAUAAACUCGAUUUAACUAUUUCCCUUUAACAAGUGAUAUGAUAAAUGCAUAGUUAAAAUGAAGUUUCCAAACAAAUGUCAAUAUCAGUAGCUAUAUCGCCAUUCUGAUUGUGCUAUGUCAAACUACCGAAAAGUUGACGUGUUCAAAUCAUCUCAUCCACAGAAUCUUUCAACUGUCUAGACGAUUUCAUCAAUGUAGCAUGCUUUUUCUUUAUCGUUUGUAAGGAUGUCCUUAUAAAAGAAAAUACCGAAGUAA